CAGACCAGCCAGGUUGUAUUAAAAAUAAUGUCGGAAAACGACGUUAGACAAGCCCUAGGGGUAGUUUUAAACAAAAUUGAACAAGCUUGUCAACGCAGGAGACCCGAAUUGCAAAAUGUUACCCCUCUACUGGUAGCUGCAAGCAAAUUCAAAUCCGUUGAUUACAUAUUAGAAGCCUAUAAAGAAGGUCAAAGACACUUUGGAGAAAACUAUGUGCAAGAACUGAUAGAAAAGGCCAACAAUCCUGUUAUCUUGGAGAAAUGUAAGGACAUUAAGUGGCACUUCAUUGGCCAUUUGCAGUCCAACAAAGUCAACAAAAUCUUGUGUGUGCCCAAUUUGCAUAUGAUUGAAACUGUUCAUUCACAAAAGCUUGCUGCUCAGAUAAAUGAGAGUUGGCCCAAAUUUGGAUCACCUGAUACUAAACUCAAAAUAUUUAUCCAAGUUAACACUAGCGGAGAGGCAGAAAAAAGUGGAAUUGAACCAAAAGAAGUUUGUAACCUGGCAAAGUACAUUUUGGAUGAUUGUCCCAAUUUGCAAUUACAUGGGCUAAUGACUAUUGGCAAAUAUGGCUAUGAUCCAAAGGAUGGACCAAAUCCUGAUUUUAUCACCUUAUUAAAAUGCAGAGAUAAUUUGUGUAAAACUCUUAGUUUAGAUUGGAAAAAUAUCAAUCUCUCAAUGGGCAUGUCUAGUGACUACGAGCAAGCUAUUGAAAUGGGAAGCACCAAUGUGAGAGUUGGUACAAGUAUAUUUGGUGAAAGGCCUCAAAUAAACUAACAAUUACAAAAUUGAUGUGAUAUAUUUUUAUUGUUAAUUUAUUAACAAUGUGAUUAAUAAAUAAUUUCAAAAGAA